CACUUUGUUGGCUAUUACGUUUUGGCGCGAGUUUAGCGGCGGCGGAAGGAUCGCGGCGCACGCCCUAUAUUAAACUCAGUGACCGCUGCAGCCACACCUACUGUGGCUGAUACGAGCGGCGGAGGAGAGAAGAAAAAGCAGGAUACACCCGAAAUGCUCCCCUGCUCCAACUUCAAUUUUACACGCAGAAAGUUUCACUUGGGCAGAAUUUUCUAGUCGUUUUCGUCUCGCUGUGGACUUUGCUGGAUAAAUAGGGCAUUUUAUACUUUUUGUCUUUAUUUUGAGUGCACUCUCCUGUAAGGACAGUUGAAGAUUUCAAACAUGUUGGAAAGUUUCACUCAGUCGCAGGACUGGCUUUGUUCAGAGCCGCUGCUCUUUGAUGACGAGUUCUGCCAAAGCCUGAUGAAAGACCUCCAGGCAUUACCGACACCUCCACAGUCGCCCCCCAUGAAGUCUGGGCUGGGUGGCGAUAAGCCUCUGUCCAAGGAGGACCAGCUCAGCUACGUGUCGGAUAUUCUACUGGAGGACCAUGACAUGCAGCUCAACUGGCACUGUGACUUCUUCCACUCUGAUGAUGCUGAGAAAGAAGGCGAGCUUAACCAGCCCUGCUCUGAGGAAGCUGAGGACUGCCUCUGGCAGUGCCUGGCAGCCGAGGAGAAGCUCGUCUCCUCAAUACUCGGCUGCAGCCCCGUACUAUCUGACAUUGAUACCCGCAUCUUUGAGGAGAUCGCCGGCUCCACACUUGACUGCCAGAGCCUUAUGGAAGCUCCGGAGCCCAGUGAAGCUACAUCAGACUACGGAUCAGUUGGUGGCGAGCUGUCCACAUAUUCAUCUAGUGACUCUGAGGAGGAAAUUGAUGUGGUGACUGUGGUCCGCUGUUCCUCAAGUUCCUCCCCUGAGCCUUCAUUGGCUGAACGUCAGCAGAAGCAAGAAGAGGAACAACGCGCUCGCCAGCGAUACCGCUUUGAAAUCCAGCUACAGCACAACUACGCUGCUCCCUGCCCUGCAUCACCGCCGCCGUCGAACAAGCGCGCACGAGGGAGCGAUGGCCCAUCACGCUUCCACUGCCUUUCACGCAGCUCUUCUUCUUCAACCUCAUCGCGUCACUCAUCCCGAAACUCAACAGAGACAGAGGAUGAGGAGGAGCGGAGAAAGACUCACAAUGUCAUGGAGAGGCAACGCCGCAACGAGCUAAAGAACUGUUUCAUGCGCUUGCGCGACAACGUGCCUGAGCUGUCGCACAAUGACAAGGCAUCUAAGGUGGUGAUCUUGAAGAAAGCCAGAGACUGUAUUUAUAGUUUAGAGGAUGAGUCCCACAGACUGCAAACCAGGAAAGAUAAACUUAAAGCCAAACAGGAACAGCUGAAAGCCAGACUAGAGCAGCUCCGUAGGUAACGGACCAGGAUUGGACAUUUGUAGGUUUUCAGAGACUUCUUGGGUCAGGGAGGGCGGGGCAAGGGAAGAGACUGUAGAUAGAUGGGGGUAAGAAAUGGCUUUUCCUGCUGGAAAGCGCACAUACAGUUGUUUCUGUCAUGUGGACUGUAUAUUCACAUGCACACGGUUUCCCUGGACAUAACGUAACACACAUUGCCUCAUAAUUAAUCAUUGUUAUGCCUUGACUGCUGACUGUUGUAGAGUAGUGCUUUUUUUUCUUUUUCUUUUUCUUUUUUUUCCUCUUUCUCUUUUGGUCUCCCUGCCAGCUUAGUACACACCAAGACAAAGACAACAUCCUGUCAUUUCUUUUGCGUCAUGUGUGGGAGUGUGUCAAAUGUCAAUGACUUAAAGCAAAGUCUUAAUUGGCCCAAUUAACUGGAAGCCACUGCAGCACAGUGUUGUAGUUUAAUGAAACUUGAAUAUUAUUUUCAGGAUCUUUUAUAGCCAUAUUGCCUAUGAUCCCUCCAUUCUCACAGGUGUUUGGUGGCUUUAGAGUUAAUUGUGCUUUGUUAACUUUGAUUUAAUGUCAUUACAAAGGUGUGCCUUCAGCCUUGUAUGGCUUUUAAUUUUGAGCUAAACACAACUCUUACCAGAGUUAACAGUUGUGUUACCUCAGUUCAGCUAGUUCACUCAACACUAGUUCACUCACUGAGUAAAUGCCAUUCAGGGUUUUUUUUGGUUUUGUUUUGUUUAAGACUGAACUGCAAAAUUGGCAGAUCAGCCAAAGUUUGGGCAAAAUCUGUAACAUUUAAUUUUUGCAUGGGUUUUUUUUUUUUUUUCCUAAACAAAAACAAAAAAUGGACAGACUCAAAGUUUUAAAGGUCGGAGGAGGCUGCAACAGCUGGAAUCGUAGUCACUUGAUUCAGUCAUUUUGCUUUGUGGCAGUUCAGGAGAGUAAGUGUCAUUGUGAUUGGUCAGUUGGUAGCCCUUGUACUUGGAUCAAAUUGUAAAAAAAUGAACAGUGUUUAAAAGAAACAAAAAUCGCACUACUUGUGAUUUGAAAUAAAUGUUUUGUGUAAAGACUUAUAAAUCAACGAGGGCCACUCACUAAUAAACAUUCCCUGUUUUGAAAGAUUGGAUUCUCUGGCUGUAAGUUCUAUAAACUCAGUGGACACACUGGCUGUGGAGCGCUGUAACACAACAAAGUAGUUUCUAAGAAAUGAACAUGUCCAGCAGAACCCUGGACUGUCAAUCGAUUAACUUGCUGAUGUUGCUAUUAAGGUUAAGCCAUCUGCACAUUUCAUUAUUAAUUUUGAAGGGAGUUCUUCCUAAAUCAAGGAGUAUUUGACAUGUUGAUAGCCAGAAGCAGUUUUGCCUUGAGAUGCAUGCUGUUCAGGACACUGUUGUCUCCUUUGUUUUCUUCCAAACCAGUUCUUUCAGGGAAGCUUAAUUGUAUUUCUGCAAAUAUUUAACUGUUCAUUUCAUAGAAAUUUAGUCGCAUAACUGCCUUGUAAACAUGCAGUGAGCAGGGAUGACCAAAUUUUCUUUAGGAAACCUACCUCCACCUGGCUGCAAUCGGGCCUGUAUUGUUUUUGUUUGCCUUUUGUUUGUUCUGUUGUAAA